AUGAUGGUGGCCAUGGCGACGGCGCAGCAGCUUGGAACGGUGACGCCGCCGUCCCUCCGCACAAUCUAUGUCUGCUCAUCCAGCGAUGCCUCACUGAAUGGCGUGUACCAAGUGGAAGAGUCCCUUCGAUCCGACGAUGUGCCAGUGUUCACCCGCACAGACCAAGAUGGCGACGAUCUCGCAACACACGAUUACCGCCUCUUUCGGCACCAGGGCUACUGGUCGUUCGCGAACUUCGCGUCGUGGCCACCGGAUGUCAUGUUCCGCUGCGACCCGUACCGCAACCAUCACGAAGACAACGUAGCGUGCGAGAAGGGCCAAGCCGUGCCGCCUCUGAGUGGGUACACCGCCCGACAAGCCGACACCACCUUAACCGCACCUCCCACGCUGCAGCUACUCCCGUGCGCUCUGCCAUUGGCCAUAUCGGACUUGUAA